CAGGAAGUCGGUGAUGUGUGGCACACCACGCAAUCCGUUUCCCUCUUCACCAACAUGUAUAUAAUUCUCCCCGCAACCCUAACCCUAAAAAAUCCAUCUUGUCUUCUCAGCAGCACGGAGUCGAAGAGAGCCUCUGCAAAACCCUAACAUCCGCCAUGGGAAAGGUACACGGAUCUCUGGCACGUGCGGGGAAGGUCCGGGGACAGACACCGAAGGUUGCGAAGCAGGACAAGAAGAAGAAGCCCAGGGGAAGGGCUCACAAGCGCAUGCAGUACAACAGACGUUUCGUCACCGCCGUUGUUGGAUUUGGGAAGAAGAGGGGCCCCAAUUCAUCCGAGAAGUAAGAGAAAAAUGUGAACGGUUUUGCAGAUGUAGGAUCUUGGUUUGCUU